CGGUGCAUUACGGGAUACAAAAUGUCUCCUCAGAGUGCUAGCUAAUGCCAAUUUAUGAGGGAUAACCGCGAAUAAAUAUAUAUUUUUCUCCUUUUUUCCCAGCGGUUGUAGAGUCAGUAUAUAUGUGAUACUUUAACUGUAUUCCGUUGAAGCCAUGUCAACAAAAGCGGAGUGCAGAGUGUCCAGCUCCACUUCCAGAACAGAUGAGAGGAGGAGAUCGAGGAGCAGAGGGCGAGAAAAAAGCAAGCGGAAACGCAGCCGGAGUAGAUCUUCCUCAUCAUCCUCUUCCAGUUCAUCGUCAUCAUCUUCAUCAUCCUCUUCCUCAUCAUCCUCUUCUUCAUCGGGUUCAUCACACUCAUCCAGCCGCAGUCGAAGCAGCUCCAGCAGCAGUGACUCCCGCAGUAAAUCCAGAAAGCAGUCUAAGAAAAGGAAAAAGGAGAAACAACACAAAAAAAAGGGAAAGAAAGAGAAGCGGCACAAACGUAAAAAAGACAAGAAAGCAAAAGGAGGAGAGGAAAACUCGGGACCUGUACAGAUCUCCAAGUACUUGAAGGACAGGAAAAAAGGCAAGUACAGCAUGAUUUCAGGGAAGAAGAUAAAGAUGAAAGUAAAGAAGUCAAAGAAAGACAAACAGCGGGAUAAAAAUCGGGCAGAACUUCUUGAGUUCUUGAACUCUACCCUGUGAUGCCACUGGACGCCAGUAGCGGUGGUCGGGCUCUUCAGCAGAACUCAGGAAACAACAACUCAGCCUUGAGGACGAGAUGAUGAAUACGACUUGAAUGAACACACGGGCAGCACUGAGCCAGAUGGAGGGAAGGAGCUGCAAAGUGAGAUGCUGCUGUCCAGGUUCCCCAUUCUUCAAUUUUUACUCCGAUCGCUUUUGUGACAUGAGCAGAGUUUUUGUUGAACGGUGUCUUUAUCUGUGGCCAAAUAGAUCACAUGAAGGUGUAAUUGUCAUCAGGCAGCGUCAGAGUGUUCAAAGUGGGUAAAGUGCCAGUCAUUGGCUUCUCAACUUUGCCUGUGGUUUGAACGUAUGCCAUCCCUCUAAAAGAGUACUCCACCGAUUUCGCAUUGCACAUUGUUGGACUCACAUUGGAGAAUGAUCAUUGUAAAAAUGAUCAGAGUUUAUGCAGCAGAGGCAGAGAUAUUGUCUGUUUUUUGUUCCAUGCAUUCUUCUGUCGUGUCAAAAUCUGCAUUAUCCAGAAUGCAACUUGACCGCUGACGGGUCGGUUGGAGAUUUGGGUAUGUUACGCUAGUUGUGGCUAAUGUACCCUCAAGCCUCUAGCUUCAUGCAGAGAUGAGGAGAGGGCUCCAGAGAUCUGGUGAGCUCAGUUUUUUCUCCAUACCAGAGCGGACACGAGUAACCUCACUUGAGGACAUCAGAUUUCAUACAGCUCCCUCUGGAGCCACAAAAGGCUUUAUAAACCUUUUUUUUUUUUUUUUUUUUUACCAUACAUGCAGAAGUACUCCCUAAGACCUGCAAACAGACUUUGAUGUGUAAAAUCGGUGAAGUUCUUCUUUGAAGUUCCAGAUAUUUUUUUCCAGCUGUCAAUCAUUCAUGUCAACUUUACUUCUUUUAGAACUGUCCAUUCUUUUGUAAAUACCUGCCCGUUAUGUUUUCACAGUAAAACUUGGCUGUCGGAACCACAGUAUGUACCAAUACCUUAGUUUUUAAUGUCUACAUUUUGUUUAAAAUGAAAUGAAAAUCGACUCUGCUUUGUGUUUAAUGAUUACUGUACCACUUACUCAUAACAUUCAUUCCCCAAAUUCUGUCACCUCUUUUAUCAAUCUUUUUUCAGCAUCAGUUACUUUAUUAAACUGAAAUACAAAACAAAAUUACUGUUAGCCCUUGUAUCAAACCAGUUAAAAAGCUUUAUAUGGACGAUGGAGUAAACCUGUUGUGAACUGUUGAAUUUUGCUGUGUGACAAACAGAAGAGAAACGGCAAUAAACUGAUGGGAAGAUUUUA